AUGCCAAUGCUCGAUUCGGAACUGGUUUCGACUACGACCAUCCUGCCUACGACUCAGCCUGUAUCCAGUACCAACGUCGUGUGCAAUCCAUCCGAGAUAAGACAAACUAUGAGUACUAAUAAUCAGUCCUUGCCUUCUAUUGGAAAUGCAUCGGCUGAUACUAUAAACAUGGAUUUUAUCCGCAGUGGACUUUCAAUUAAAUGUAUACAGAUCAAUCUUCAACACGCUAAGGCUGCUGUUGCUCAACUUACGCAUUACGCAGUAGAACGUGAGGCUGAUCUCAUCUUUGUUCAGGAGCCUUAUAUUAAGGACGGACUUGCUGUGGGUUUCCCGCUUCAGUGGUCUAUCUUUCAAACAGGCGAUUUGGAGAAACCACCCAGGGCCAUCAUUAUCAAUUGCAACAAGGAUUGGAAACCGACUGUCGUCGCAGCUAAUAGGGACAAUGUAGCCAUUCUUCUUGAUGUACAGGAAACCUCCAUGCUUUUUAUUUCACAAUAUUCAUCUCCAUCCGAGUCCAUUCUUCCUUCAUUGACUUUUCUAUCAACUACUCUACAGCGCAUUAAAAUCCCUCUUCAGUUUAUUGUGGGUGAUUAUAACGCCCAUAAUACAACUUGGGGUUAUGCUUCAACGGAUGAAAAAGGCCAUUCUUUGGAGGAUUUUCUAUCAGCACAUCAUUUAAUUCUGCAUAACUCAAUUGAUGCCCCUCCAACCUUCGACAGAAUACAUUCACGUGGAUGGCCGGAUCUGACUAUUAGUUCCACUUCUGCGGCUUCUCUCCUCCAGAACUGGACAGUUGAAGAUGAAAUAAGUCUUAGCGACCAUCGCUAUAUUACAUUUACAAUAGCUCAGCCUACAACCAUUCAAAUUAUUCGACGCUACAAUCUGCCAGGGAAACGGAUACGUGCCUUUACUGAUCGUGUGAAAGCAUUAGUAAAUGAUCUCGAUGGUCAACUUUCUUCAGCCAAUACUCGCGCUGAUUUGGAGAAUUUCACGGUUGUUCUACAGAAGGGUCUUCAACAAAUCUGUAAUGAUCUUUUACCACAACGCCAUGCCAAAAAGCUUAAAUAA